AUGCGGAAUGCGUUGAAAGGCAUCGACAGAAGGCAAAAUAUUUUUAAAAGGCUCUCAAAAGGCCAUUCAACCUACGAAAAUAAUAAUAAAAAGGGGCUAAAAAUUAAAGAAGAUAAUGAAAUCAACUUCAGGCUCGUCAUGUAUCCGUUGGCUGCAGGCGUAGCAUUAUUUGAUUCUUGCAAGUUUCACAAAGCAGCUCAAUUAUCAUUGAAACCCUUUAAUUUCCAAUCCAUUUCUAUGUUUAUUAAGAAUGAAGAAAUCAAAAGGAAAGAAACAUAA